UCCAUCCGUCCGUCCGUGCAUCCGUGGCGCGUUCGUCUGUCCGUACGUCCGUCCGUUCGUCCGUUGGUGCCUUCUCUCCUGCCUGUCUCUGUCUCGGGGCCCGGUCCGGUACGUCGGUGGGAUAGGACGAAGCCGCGGUGGAAGGAGUAGUAAGCGGCCUACGCAGUUUCAACCUGGGUCCCAGCUUUUAUUAGUUCUUCGACGCUCGGCGGAGAACGGUGCGUGCCGGAGUGGUAGCAAGCAGUGCUUUCAGGCCCGGGAUUACCUAACGACCGCGUAGUCGGUGCGAACGAAUCGUCCGAGUGACACCCGAACGACUCAGCCGAGGAACGAGUCCAACGAAUCCGUCAGGUGGAUACCAUCGAUUCAUGGUAUCGUAUACGAAAGUUUCUACAUCGUGUAUGUCGACGUCGAACUUCGACUUUCCUUGGAUCCCUUUAUUAUUGUGUGUGAUCGCAGUUGAUACCUAAGAGUGACUUCGAAGGAGACAAGUGACGGACAGUUUCGAAUACCGUGAUAUAGUACGCACAGUGUGAUCUCUAGGUAUCGAGAUAAAACGAAAGAGAGGGAAACGAGUCGAACCGAUCGAUGAUCGAUGAUAAUCGUCAUCGCGACGUCGCAUCGGAUCAGGAUCGGGCGCAAGGUGUUCGUCUCGCCGGUCCCACGGGACGAGACACCCGGCUGCCCCGGUGGCAGUGACAGUUGCUGUACGUGAGAGUGUUUUGUUCGACCUGGCCACGAGCUCCAGUUCUCUCCUCCCCCUCUUUUGCUCGUCUUCUUGCCGUUCUGUUUGGCGCGCGGACGAACCGUUGGUGCGCGAAGGGGGAUAUCCUUAAACAGUAUACCAGAGGCAUUACCGAUCGGAAUGCUACUGUGCCAGUGAAGGUCGGUGAUCGGGUCUAAGAGGGAAGGAGAGGGGAGAUAGAGAAUAUAGAAAAGAAAGAAAGGGUGCAAACGUUUAGAGGCCGGGGUGUUAAGGCACACUUGGGUGCGGGGGUUGCGAGGUAAGAGAGAAAGAAAGAAAGAAAGAAAGAAAAGAUACAGAAAGAAAAAGGGAAAAGAUAAGAGAGAAACUGAUUGGUAUCCGGCUCUGCGUGUUACGAUUGGGAUCGAAAAGCCGGGAAGAUGCUGGAGGUUCAGCGCUCGGACUUUUUAAGAGAUGGAGGAACCUGCGACCCUCCUACCACCGAUUUUCUACAACCCGAUUCGACCGGGGCUUCCGUCUCCGGAUGGAAGCCCACUGAGAAAAGCGUCUCCUUCAAUCGAGACGUCCACGUCAAAAGGAUCGGACGUGGAGCACCCCGCGUGACCGCGGCUCUGGCAGGAGAUGGCGAAGGCCGGUUGAUCGCCACCCCGGUCCACAAGGAGAGCAUAGCGUCGAGAAGCAAGGAAGAUCUAGCACAGGAGGCGGCGCUGGUGCUUCAGCAGGUAGGCAGCCUUCACUGCGUUGCCCACGAUAACAGACGAUUGCCAGGUCGAUUUAGCACACUUCCGGCACGGCGUAACAAGAAGAGGCCGGAACUGCCACUCGAUGUAAGACGCAGGAGCGUAGAACUUGGCGCCACCAGCAGCGCAGACCUCGUCGAGACACCGAGGCUGAAGAAGAAGGCAUUGGAGAGAAGCGCCAGCGAUGCGAGCGCGAAAAAGCUAAGAGAUCCCCUGGCGAGGUUCUUCUCCCCGAAGUUAGAAAGAAAACGGAAACCGGUCGGGCGCAGCGUCAGCGACGCCGCCAGCUCGUUGAGAUCGCAUCGCAAGAGGAGCGGCAGCGAGAGCGAGGGAUCGCAUCUCGGCAGUAGUCGCGUGAGAAAACAGUUGUCCCCAAUAAUCGAAGCGUCGCCGCACGUCGAUCAACAACCGUUUCAUUUCGGUAAAGUAGCAACAGUGGAGAACGGUGAAAGUAGCAGCAGACCCGAGGCGAAAAAGUCGAAGCAGGAGGAAUCCGAUGCGAAGAAAGUGACGGAACGGACGGAAACGAUCGAAACGAGAGAAAGGAUCGAAGAAACGGAGGUGAGCGUCGGAAAGCCACCGAUAUCGCCUAGGAGAGAGAACAAGGGAACCGUGAGACGCAUACCUAUCGAACUAGAGGUAGACGAUAAGAAGAGCAAAGAGGAAACAACGGAAAGAAAAGAGGAGAAGGCAACAGGCCGGACCCCUUCACCGGUGGUAAACGACAUCGGGGUCGACGAAGUGGACAAGGUCGGUACAAGUAGCAUGCUGCACAGCAGCCGAUACGAUCUGCAGCAGCGAACCGGCGAAGAGUCGACGAUACACAAGAUGAUUCACCGAUUAUCCAGCGACCGGUCGCCGCCACCUCAGCUAACUAAAACGAUGGUCUCACCCGGCCCGGGAUUCGGUCACAAUAACAACCGACCGUUUUCUUAUACCAGACCGAACGAGUCCUGCAGUUCGCCGCCUCCGCAGACCAACGUGAUUUACGCUCAGGUGCAGACCGACAAGAAGAAAGCGCAAAGAAGUCACUCGGACAGCGACGAAGGGCUUGGUCUCGAGAGGAAAGACUCUUCGCGCGAGAACAGUCCCGCGGAGAAGGAUUACCGCAGGACGGAUUACUCGUACAGCGACUUACGACGUAAUAACGAGAUCAACACGUUUAAAUCGAGAUACGAGGAGGACAGGAAGAACAGCAGUACUCAUUUCUCUAGCCACUACGCAGGCACGCAGGAUUACGCUACCAGAAACGUAGACACCAACCGACGUCAUGAAUUUGACGAUAUCGACAGACGUCUAUACGACAAGCCCGAAAAAUACACGUCCACCGUGUUCGUUGACACGUCUGGCAGAGGCAGAGCCGAUGGCACAGACGCCAGACAACGAGACGGUAACGAAUUCUCCACCAGACAAACCCAAAGCGGAAUAUCGAACAAGACGUCCGAACUGAGCGCUAGACGCGACCUUCUCGAAUCUAGAAUCAAGUCGAGACUGCUCGCCGACGAAAUGUUCGCCGCGAAGAACAGCGCGAACGUGCCGAUCAAGAAAUCCGAACAUGAGAUCAUCGACAAGCCGAUUGUCCCGUCACCGGUCACUCCUAACCGUGUCGCCUCGCCGAAACGCUACAUGGACACGUACAUCACGGAAACGCGCACCAACAGCAACGGAGAAAAGUACAUAUUCGAGAAGGAGAUUCACGAAGACAACGGUAAGGUGUACGGUUAUGAAAAGAAGAUCACCAACAAGAUCCCAUCGGAUGGUUACAUCGAUACCAAACCGAGAGACGGAUACACGGUUGAAACGAGGACAGACAAGUACGGGGACAAGUAUAUCGUAGAGACGCGAACGCACGAGGGUUAUGCGGACGAUUUCAAGCCAUUCCUCAGUGACAGGAGUAGAACCAGCCCGGAGGAACGGUACGAAGCACCCAGAAACUCAACCAGCCCUUACAAAUCAUCCAACCUGCGCCCGGAGGAGAACACCAUUCCUCGUCACUUCCGAACCGAACCAAGGGAGAAUAAUGUCCUUUCCUCGCCCAUAAUCGCCAAGAAGUUCACCACGACUGAAAGGAAAUUCUCCAAGAGCGACGACUUCUUGGACAGAGACGUUCGACCGAGGGACUGCUACUUGCCUAAGAAGAAGAACUUUGAAUCCAUCCGCGGCAUGAGCAAGUCCACGCAGCGUCUGGACGAAGUGGGCGAGAAUUCGCGAGUAAGAGCGUUAAGAAGCGAAUACACGACCAGGUCACACGAGAAUCUGACCAGUCAUGCCGACUAUGUGAACGCCAGAGACGUGCGCCGACCACUCUUAGAGAGUCCCACGAUGAAUGACCGCAAAGAAAGAUCGCCGUUUACGAAACAACACCUGGAUAGUCUGCGCGAAGGUCCAAACGACGACUAUGACACCGAUAUAUCCCAGAUGACCAGUAGCCAAUUGGAGUCCAAGUACUAUAAAGAAACUCGUACGACUCAACGGUACACUAGCAGCAAACACCCGAUUCACGAUGAUUACGACAGUUCUCCGCCGCGAAUACGCACCGAUCGCGGAGGUUACAACUCAAGCAGAUACGAUUCCGACACUACGGCCAGAGAUUCGAUUCGCUGCGAGACUCGAUACGACGAGACGUCGCGAACUUUGAGGAAGGAACAUCGGAAGUUGGACGAGGAUCCAAAGAAGCCUCUCAGAAGGUCGCGCAAUCGGCUGGAUUAUUUUGACGACUCCGACGCCAGGGAGAGUCCACGAGUAAAGGCAACAGUUGGAAGGUUGGAGACGUUCGAUGAAAGUCCCACCAGGCCUCCCAGGGUCUAUCACGAUGGUAGCAAGUCUAGGCACACCAGACAAGAGACCAGAACGCAUACGGAGCGUCGACAUCGCGAGACUCGGCUCAGUGACUCCGAUCGAAAGGAUCGCUUGGCGGAUUCCGGGAUCGAGAACGAUUACAGGCGCGACUCACAGGAGGUCGACCGAAGGGAACAAAUCGAGUCGGAGGACGAAGGUUUCGUUACAAGGCAAUUUAUCAAACACGAGAGACGGCAUACCGAUAGAAACAUGAAUCUGACGCCGAACGAGCAACGGAAGUACGAUAAAUAUAUGAACGACAUGUCGAAGUCGCCGCCAGUGACCGCGAAACCACCGACCGGCGCGGAUAAGAAGUACGAGAAGAAGGCGGCGAAGAAGAGUGGCACGAUGAGCAAGGUGAAGCAGCUGUUUAGCAAGAAGGAGAAAAAGGCGAAGGAGGAGAAGAACAAGAAGAACGCGAGGAGCAGCAGCAGCGGCGCUCUUACUGACGAUGAGGUGACGAUCCGGUACAGAGAGUACCGGGGCGAUCAGCUAAGGAGCGCGAAAAGCGCGCGGGACUUGGGUAGCGACAUCAAUCAGGAAGAGUACAGCCAACGAAGACGCUUAUCCACUCCCAGCGGCAGUCCCAGCCCGCCCAGACCGACAAGGCUGUCAAGAUCUACGGGUACACUCACCAGAGAAGAGGAAUCCUUUUGCGAGUCAAGCAACACCCUUACCAGAGAGAAUCAGGGACAAGAAGCUGAGAGAAAGGGCUGGUUCAAGUCUCUGUCAAGGAAGAACAAGUCGAACAUUAAAACAGUGGAUAAGAAGCCUAGGAUACCGGAAAGCGAAAUCUUAACCACCGGGACUGAGGACGAGGAAGCUUCAUCCGCACCCGAACGUGUCUCUGUUCAAAAAAAUUUGCGUUUCUUUGGAGACACUGAUCAGGAGUCUGUUUCUUCCAAUAGAGAUCGCAGAAACAAGCGAGACGACCAUGCCUGUUCAGGGCGUGAUGUUACGAAUUCCAGUCGCCACAAUUUGGGUAUUUUGUCUCCGCCCCGGAAACCACCAAGGCUCGCUGAAAGCGCAUUGUCUUCCGGUGAGAGUACAACAGGAGAUAGCAGUCAACAAAGUCAGAACUCUCAAAGAUCACAGAGAUCUGUUGUAUAUCUUCAUGCUGCUACAGUGGGCGAAAUACCUGGUCCGAAUGAGAGACGUAGAGCAGCGAGCAGGGAGGAAUUAAAUCGACCACUUCAAUCACAUACGAGAACAGUAUCGAGAAGUGUCAGUGUUCUUGCACCUUGGAAGCCUAGACAUUAUAGAGAACCUUUCGAAAUAAAUUACGAUCAACAACUGCAUCCAAAGCCGCUAGCGACUAUGAGACGUAGGCAGAGAAGUCGUGAAACGCUAAGUCGUCGUGGAAAAGAUAUACGACGAAGCAAAGAUAAUCUCUCGAAAACCGGCACGAUUAAUCGUAGCACGUUGAAAUCGAAAGACAAGCAGAAGGUGGAUAGAACUGUUUCCACGGAAUCGUUGGCCACCAAAUCACGGAGCGCUAACUCAAAACCAGAAUUAAGCAGGUCCACAUCGGUUCCACGCGAUCCGAAUAAGAGUGCGGGUUGGUUUAAGCUGAAAAGUAAAAAGUCCCGUGCUUGAAGGGCAGGCCAUUGAUUAAUGCUAGUCUUGAGUUUCAUAAGUAUGUAAUUCGUAAUCGUAAGGGAUUAACGACAACACAUUCAUCGGUCCACCACCGUGCUCGCAAAGAACAUAAUUAUAAACAAGUUAUUCUAUCACUUUAUUUUUUUUCUUCUAAUGUACAAUGAGAAAUCCGCCUUAGAUCGCAAACGGUUUAAUGAUUAAAUAAGUAAUUUCUAUUAACCGAAUAAAAAAAAUUGACAAGUUUCUGUUUGUUGUUUUAAUAUAUAAUCAUUAUAACUACAAUUAAUAAUGUAAAUUUAAUUAUGACGUUGAUUUGUGAACCAUAUUGCGCUUAAACUACUUUUGUGAACGAAUUAUAGCCACAUGCGGAUUCGUGACAAAAUGUAAAAUUAUCUGAAUAUGUACACAUAUGGUUAAAACACUA